AUGUUGGAAAUUCCGGACUACCGCCAACAACCACUUGUACGCAUGGUUUACGCGUGGCCUGCGUUCCUCGGCAUCAUCCUGUUUACUCUGUGGACCCUUGUCGGGAUGAUGCGGUGCGUGUUUCAGGGCUUCGACAGUGGUUCGGCGCGUUACAUCAGCCCGAAUACCACCACCUCUGUUCGGCAAGAUAUUUUCUACGUCGUAGCUGCCCCACUCGUCUUUCAGGGUCUGUGUGUGAGCGUCUACACAACAUGGGUAAGCUGGAAGUUCUUUCGCCACAACUGA